AUGAACGUACAACUUGAAGACGAUGGGAAUUCCCCUCCGCCGUCACCUUCCCCUUCGCCUCCAUUCCCUUAUGAGAUCACUCCGAUACCUUCACCUUCACCGUCGCCUCCUCCUGAAAAACACUCAGGUCCAGUCUCUUCUCCAGCUCAGGGAGAAUCCGUUCUGGAUGACACGAUGGCUGCGAAAACUGUAAACGUCGCUAUCGGAUGA